GAUAUAGUCGAGCCAGAUAAGGGUGGGUCAAAGAGCUUGGCAGCUUCAACGUUCCUUGCGCUGUCCUUGAUUGCUGAGACGAGUUUAUAUUUUUCUUCUAAAGUUAAAGUUCUUCACUUCCUCUUCGUCGUAGAUUUCUUGGGAUCUGGCUCUUUCUGAUUAUUUGAUGGCGUAGCCACAUUCCCAAUUUUGUCGUUCGCAGCAAUUUCGCUUAUUCCAUCAGAAAGACCCGUUUUUUCAGGACUCUCCAUGUUGGCUGAUUCUUUUCUUGUCUUCAACAGCGAUUGUAAAUGUAACAGCACAUGGCUUCAGGUUACGUAACAAAAUAGCCUGACGCAGUGUACGUGCGGGAAUUUAACUUAAUUAGUUAAAAAGUGAUGAAAUUUCACGCCUUGUCUGAUUGUUUUUAAAAGCCGGUGUGUCUCGUAUACACUAUUCAUAGGAAAUAGAAGAUCUGUGUGGCCUGUGUUGUUUACGGCUGUAAAACGUUAGCGUUGCUGCGAAGUGAUUCAUUCUGUAAUUUCAUAGUUUUACAAAGAUACAUCAAUGGAAGCAACAACUUAUUCCUUUCGAUCUUGUAUUCGAGGCUACCAUGUGUAUAAGGAUAUAUGGGAUUCAGUUGUUGGUGAAGUUCUGGAUUGCGAGGUAAGACGUGUUUAACAAUGUCAAAUGUAGAGAACAGAACGUUGGUGAUAAAAACAAACCCCUUAGUUCUUUGAAAAUUUGGCGUUACAGUAUUGAUGAAUGAAUUGAUCUCCGCAACACGCGUGUUUUUUUACGCAGCACGAGCCUGAUAACCCACACGACACCCAUGCUGUUGCCGUUAAACGGGUUCAAGAUCAAGGGGGCAUGCAGCAGAUCGUAGGUCAUGUGCCAUUGACACUGUCACGUGUAUUUCACUUGUUCUUAAAACACGGAGGACAAAUCUCAGUGGAAGUGACUGGUAAACGGAGAAACAAGGGCAUUGGACUAGAAAUUCCGGCUACUUAUUUGUUUUAUCACAAGAAGCCUUCGAAAGUGAAGAAGUUCAUAGAAUUAAUAAGAGACAAAGAAGAGAGCAGAAGUUAA